AUGGAAGAUUUCAAUACCGAUGUGGAUCAUAUCUCGAUCUUGCCGGAAGAAAUUAUCCACAACAUUCUCGGUCGACUGACCAUGCUUGAUAUUAUUCGAACCAGUUGUCUAUCAAAGGCAUGGAACUCUUUUGGUGUUUCCCUUCCGUGCAUGAAUAUCGACAACAGUUUACGUGCUAUUCCUCUUGAGUGGUUCAAGGAUUUCAUGCACCGCAAAGUGAGCAGCAUGGGCAUCCAAGGGAAACCUUUGAUUUUGUUCAAAAUCAAGUUAUGCUUAGAUCAUCUCCUAGUUUACAAAGCGAGAGAGGAGAUCGAAAGAUGUAUGAAGCUAGUCUUUGAGACUUGCACUAUCAAAGAGUUUGUGUUCCACAUCACAAGUACUGGUGCUAGAUAUGAUGUGACAAAUCAUGAUCUGUAUGCAUUUUUUCAUCACAUCUAUAAUGCUGAGACCUUAAAUGUGUUAAGGUUAAGUGGUAUGAGUCUAGCGCAACCCUCUGGGGUUAUGAAGCUCUCAAGCCUCCAGAGUUUAAGUUUACAAAAUGUAAAGCUACACGACCAAAGUGGCAUUGAUUGGUUCUUUGCUGCUUGCCCUAUGAUAAGGGAAUUAAGGUUGAUCGAUUGCAAUCAUUUGGAGCACUUGAAGGUGUCUGGUCUUAGUCAUCUCAAACAUCUAGAGAUUGAUUCUUGUAACCAUCUCACGAGUGUUGAGAUCCAAUCACCAGGUCUUGUGAAGCUCGUGUUGUCCGAGAUCAAGAGACGCAGACUUGAUAAUUUUAUUUUGGGUUUGGAAAUAGACUCACAAACUUGUGAAACAUUGAAGGAAUUAACGUUGUGCAAUUCCACCAUACGAGGUUCUAUCUUCAGCCGCAUGUUUUCUGGAUGCACAAACGUUGAGUCCUUGGUGCUUGACAAUUGUGUGCAUUUCUUUAAGAUAACAAUUUUGAGUCAGAAGCUGAAGAAACUUGCCAUUAGAAGAUGUUUCGAUGUUCUUAUCACUGAUAUUAAUGCUCCAAAUUUGACUUCGUUCAGUUUCUGCAAUUUUUGUUGGUAUGAUUCCUCUCUCUCUUUCCCAAUCAUUGAGAAAAUAAUCCAUCAGCAAGAUUGCAUGAUUGACUUCAAUCACACACUCAUGACCAAAAGUAUAUGGAUAUCUCUUUGGUUUGAUAAAUUUAAGGAUGUUCAAGGUCAAAAGAUGGUUAUCUACCCUGAGAGUGAUAGGUGGCAUGAUAUUAGUGUUGUCAUUGUAUUAGAAGAUUGGAGUUCUAUGGCAGAACUUCCACUUAUGACUAAGAUAUGUGAAGAAGCUGCAAAAACAACAAUUACAACCAUGAGUUUUCUUGAUUUAGCUGAUUACGUGCUUGAGAGUAAUCAGCGUGAAGGCAACAAGUUGGAAAAUGUUAUAACAAUAUUAUCUACUGAUGAAAGCAAAUUUUAUAAGACUUUAAAGAAGAAAAGGCCAACAAUUUCAUGUAAGCGUUGCUCUUCACGUGAAAUUGUUAACAAUGACAAUGAUGGUUUCCCCUACCAAGCUCUGUUGAGGAGGAUAACAGCUGGAACUAUGAAAGCAAUUCGUUUCUCAAUCCCUUCUCUUUAG